GUGAAGGCCAGGGUCCUUAGAAGUUGCCCUUUACCCUCUUGCCAAUGGUCGUUGUUGUUGAAGUUAGAGCUAAGAAAGUCGGCCCUGUGCCCAGGCGAGAACAGCGUAAAAAUAUUGAUGAAAUGGCUGGCUUCCUCAGGUCGGUGCCUGACAUCAAGUGUGACUCGGAUAAAGGUGGUUGUUGCGUAUCGGGUGACUACAGCGCUGUUGUGUCGGCUCUGAAGGGCACCCGCGAAUACAUGAACUCGAAGAACCCAGGUGAGGGCGAUUUCCAGGAUAGUUUCGAGAUAAUCGCCCGAUCAACGGACGGUACACAAGAAAUGAAAGAUGCCCUUGAGGCGUUCAUCACUCCAACCUAUGGCGAAUCCCCGCCUAGUCAGCUCAAAGAGCUCAGCCGACGUGGAAGGUCGUCUUCGUCGGAUGGCAUCGUACAAGUGAUGCCCGACAUCCCCGAGCGUAAACGUGUAUUCAGUUAUGACGGUUCGCAUGAGCAGAAGGAGUUCUACGAGGAGUGGCAUACUCAGUAUUAGUAGUAUUAUCAAUUGAUGUAACAUGGAUUUCAUAUACCGAUUUCAUCGAUUAUCUUCCCGGAUUUUCUCCUCGAAAAAGAACCAUCUUGCGCGAUCAUCGGACAGCCAACUUUUGAUUAUCUGGACUCUUUUCGAGACU